CGGUUGACAUAGAAGGAAAAUUGUUUGCUGAAUUUCUGCACAGCCCUCCUUCCAAUUGCUGGAGAGAGAGGGGGGAGUGAGAGAGUUUAAGGCAGGCUCUGCACUGGUGUUCUGGGCUAUUUCAACUUCAGGGCAACUUUAGAGAACUUCAGUUAUUUUUGGUCAGAGGACAAUAUCUCAACGUGGAUCUAUCGGAUAAGAGGAAAAUCAUCAUCAAGCAAACAAAAAGGCACUUUGCCUUUGCUGUUUCAACUCCAUAAUUUUACUGCAGCAAAAUGAUUAGAGGUUCUGGACGACAGCUAAGACCGGCAGAGCCUCCAGGAGAUGCUGAUGCUGAUGCAGAAGAUGAAGAUUCUGUUAAUGAAGUGGCAGUAGAAGACAUCCGUCCAAGGCCACAGGGAUCCUCACCAGUUUAUGAAUAUUCCGUAGAAGAAGAAUACUUAAAGCUGCAGGAAGAAAACAAAAAAUAUAGUACCGACAAAUCAAAACAGAGUCAUCCACAGGAGACAAUGGAAGUGACCUUGAAAACAGAAGUGGAAGCUGGUGCUAGUGGUUUUAGCGUGGCUGGUGGAGGAAAUGAAGGAAUAUUUAUUAAAAAAGUACUUAAGGAAUCUCCUGCUUCAAAAGUGUUUAGUCUGAGAGAAGGUGAUCAGCUUCUAAGUGCUACAAUAUUUUUUGAUAAUAUCAAAUAUGAAGAUGCACUCAAGAUUCUUCAGUAUUCAGAGCCAUACAGAGUCCAAUUCAGCCUGAAAAGAAAAAUUUCUGGGAAAGAAGAGCUAGAACAUUUUCACUCUACAGCUCAGUACAAAAAGGAACGAUUAAGUCAGGAUAAAGAACUCAGUGAAAGCAUUCCUGAAGAAACACUGCAUGUUUUGGGAAAAGCUACUUCAGAAGAAGAUAGAGAAACAUUAAUUGUAAACCAAAGGGUUGGAAGAAGCAAAAGACCUAAAAAAGAUAGAUUAUCAUGGCCAAAAUUCCAGUCAAUUAAAAAUAAAAAGAUACUGGGACACAGAAGAUCUCACAGUACAUCAGAUGCAUAUGAGCCUGCUAUACAGGAUAUUUCCCCUACAAGCACAGAUACAGAGUCUCAACAAGAAAUUCAUAUCAAACAAAAAAAGGGAAGCCAAAAGAAGCUGAAGUUCCCUAGUAUUGGAUUCAAAAUGUACAGAUCCAAAACAGAACAACAAGACAAGCAAAAAAAAGAAAUAAAUGCUACACUGUUAUAUGAAAAACAAAAAAUACAUAAAGAAGAUAUCAGCCUGGAAGGUCCUGAAAUACUGACUGUUGAAUAUACUGCUUCUGCUUCUGAAAUGAAAACAGAGGAAUUAAAUGAAACUUCAACAAAAGACUUAAAAGAUGUGGAAAACGGUAUUCCCAUGUAUGCAAAAAAAUGCCCUGAAGUUGAAAUAAGCAUUAAAAAGGAAAAAGAAAAGGAAUCAACAUUGAAGUAUACUGUACCUGAAGUGCAAGAUAUAACAAGAAAGGUAUCAAAGCCAAGUUUAGAAGCAGAUCUGAAAGAAACCCCAACAAAGCAAACACCAAAAACCUCAUCAAAAUCCCGAAAAAAGAAGCAAAAAGGAACAGAAGAUAAAACAGAAGGAGAAAACGGAAUUAAAGUAGACGUAAUGGAUCACAAAGCAGAAGUACACAUAGAGGAAAGAGGUUUAGAAAUAGGUAGAGCUAGAGUUGAAUUACAGUCACCCGAGAUACUGGAAGCAAGAGAAAAACAAGCAGAAGAUGACAAACAGAUACCAACAAUUCAGAAAACAAAAUUUUGGAUGUCAGUGCCAAAAAGAAAAGAAACAGACACUAAAAAGAUAUUAACAAAACCAGAAAUAGAUGUAUCAGAUUCAGUACCGGAAACACAGGCUGAUAAAGAAAUUGACAAAGGAAGGAAAAUGGAUAUGAAAGCUCAGAUACCUGCUACAGAAAAAGAAGAAUCUACAUGGAAAAUAACAAUACCAUCAAUCGAAAUGGCCACAUUACCUGUAGAUGAUAUAAAAAUAGAAGACAGCAAAAUUGAUGUCGAAUACACAGUAAAAAAGGAUCCGACAGAAGAAAGAAACAAAAAGAGAAGUGACAGAAGUUCAAAGAUAGAAAUUAUUGCAAAGAAAGGAGAAAAAGAUGUUGAUGGAAAAGAAAGCAAACAAAGAUUACCUAAGUUUAAAUUACCGACAUUUACCUGGGGAACAACAAAAGAUGAAACACUCAAACAUGAAAUUCCAGUCAGUGAGACGAUGACUGCCAGCGCUCCCAAAGUGGACGCCAGCCUCCCCGAGGCAGAGGUCAAGGCCGGCGCCGUCGACAUCAGCAUCUCGGCCCCCGACAUCAAGCCGCCCUCCGUGGAGGGCUCCCUCGACCUCCAGGCGCCCAAGGUAGACCUGAAAGUGCCCUCUGCCGAAGGCUCGCUCGACGGAGCCGAGCUGGAAGCCGCGGGCCUCAAAGGCAAGUUUAAGAUGCCCAAGUUCGACAAGCCCAAAUUCGGAGUGUCGGUGCCCAAGGCGGAAGGGCCCGAAGGCGAGGUCAGCCUGCCCACCGCAGAGGUCGAGCUGCCCUCCGGCACCGUGACGGUCACAGGGGAAGGCCCCUCACUGGACCUCAAAGCUGACGUUUCCGGUGCCAAAACCGAAGGGGCUGGCUGGAAACUGGAGAAGCCCUCCCUCAAAAUGCCCAAAGCUGACAUCAAAGCUCCCAAGGUGGACAUCAGCCUGCCCUCCGUCGACAUCACCCUUCCAAAGGCCGGUGUCGACCUGCAGGCGCCCGAGGCGGCGCUCAGCCGAGGGGAGGUAAAAGCCCCGGAGAAGGAGGCCACCAAGGCAAAAGACGGCAAGUUCAAAAUGCCCAAGUUCGGCAUGCCUUCCUUUGGCUGGUCCAGCAGCAGAGAGGCCAAGGGCACCGUAGCUGCCGAUGUGGACGUGAGCCUCAAGGAGCCCCAGGUGACGGCACCCUCGGGAACCGCCGAAGUCGACGUGACCCUGCCCGGGGCCGAGAUCCAAGCGCCCGGCGCCGAGGUGACCAUCGAGGCGGCCGCCGGCGCAGACGCGGAGAAAGGCCGCUUCAAAAUGCCCGACGUCAAGAUGCCCAGCGUCAAGCUGCCCAAAGUCAAAGCUCCCCACGUGCAGGUCAGCCUGCCAAAGGCCGAGAUCUCGCUGCCCAAGCCCAGGGCGAAAUCCCGGAGGGCGACCUGGACGUGGCUGCGGCAAGCGGAGGGCGGCGGCAUGAAACUACACAUGCCAAAAGUCAAGGUGCCCAGCGUGGCCUUCUCCAAGCCGACCGUCAAGGCUCCCAAAGUCGACGUGACGACUGCCAAGGCAACACGAGGGAUAGGCCACCAAGGCAAAAGACGGCAAGUUCAAAAUGCCCAAGUUCGGCAUGCCUUCCUUGGCUGGUCCAGCAGCAGAGAGGCCAAGGGCACCGUAGCUGCCGAUGUGGACGUGAGCCUCAAGGAGCCCCAGGUGACGGCACCCUCGGGAACCGCCGAAGUCGACGUGACCCUGCCCGGGGCCGAGAUCCAAGCGCCCGGCGCCGAGGUGACCAUCGAGGCGGCCGCCGGCGCAGACGCGGAGAAAGGCCGCUUCAAAAUGCCCGACGUCAAGAUGCCCAGCGUCAAGCUGCCCAAAGUCAAAGCUCCCCACGUGCAGGUCAGCCUGCCAAAGGCCGAGAUCUCGCUGCCCAAAGCCCAGGGCGAAAUCCCGGAGGGCGAGCUCGCCCUGCAGGGCCCCGAUGCCGAAGGCAGCCUGGACGUGGCUGCCGGCAAAGCGGAGGGUGGCGGCAUGAAACUACACAUGCCAAAAGUCAAGGUGCCCAGCGUGGCCUUCUCCAAGCCGACCGUCAAGGCUCCCAAAGUCGACGUGGACGUCAGCGUGCCCAAAGUGGACGCCAGCCUCCCCGAGGCAGAGGUCAAGGCCGGCGCCGUCGACAUCAGCAUCUCGGCCCCCGACAUCAAGCCGCCCUCCGUGGAGGGCUCCCUCGACCUCCAGGCGCCCAAGGUAGACCUGAAAGUGCCCUCUGCCGAAGGCUCGCUCGACGGAGCCGAGCUGGAAGCCGCGGGCCUCAAAGGCAAGUUUAAGAUGCCCAAGUUCGACAAGCCCAAAUUCGGAGUGUCGGUGCCCAAGGCGGAAGGGCCCGAAGGCGAGGUCAGCCUGCCCACCGCAGAGGUCAAGCUGCCCUCCGGCACCGUGACGGUCACAGGGGAAGGCCCCUCACUGGACCUCAAAGCUGACGUUUCCGGUGCCAAAACCGAAGGGGCUGGCUGGAAACUGGAGAAGCCCUCCCUCAAAAUGCCCAAAGCUGACAUCAAAGCUCCCAAGGUGGACAUCAGCCUGCCCUCCGUCGACAUCACCCUUCCAAAGGCCGGUGUCGACCUGCAGGCGCCCGAGGCGGCGCUCAGCCUCGAGGGGGAGGUAAAAGCCCCGGAGAAGGAGGCCACCAAGGCAAAAGACGGCAAGUUCAAAAUGCCCAAGUUCGGCAUGCCUUCCUUUGGCUGGUCCAGCAGCAGAGAGGCCAAGGGCACCGUAGCUGCCGAUGUGGACGUGAGUCUCAAGGAGCCUCCACAUGACAUCACCCUACCUGGUGCUGAGAUACAAGCACCUGACAUUGCUGUUACCUCUAGUUCAUCCUCUGUAAGGGAGGAUUCUAAUGGCAAAUCUAAAGGUUCUUUAUUCAGUAUGCAUAGAGUUUCACUUUCUAAACGUUCAAAGCUUGAGCUUCAGAGUAAGUCUACUACUGAAUGUUCUGAGUCAGAGUCUAUUUGUUAUUCUGUAACAGAGGAGUCUCCUGCUGUUAUUUCUGGCAGUGUCGGAAGUAAACCUGCUCCUGACUUUAAGGGAGACAGCUCUUCUAAAAGCAGUAAAUUUAGAAUUCCUAGUUUGGGUUUCUCCAAAGUUGAUAUUAGUUCUUCUAAGUUUGAUCCAGAUUCCCCAUUAUCAAAAGAGGAUAUAACUCUUACCAAAUAUCAAAUGAAUGUAGCAGAAUCUGAAUCAAAAAUUUCAUCUUCUGCUGAUAUGAACAUUUCAUUUACAGAUUUUGAGAUUUUGAAUGCAGAAGGUUCUUGUGAACAAGGAAGUAUAAAGCCAGGAAGAGUAAAAUCACCAACUGCUGAGUUGUGUGUUAGUGACACAGAAUAUACCGUUAAAAUACCUAAGUUCCGAAAACCAAAGUUUGGAAUUUCUUGGUCAAAGGGAAAACCACCAGAAAUUGAUGUUGGUUCCAAAUCUGAAUCUCAAUUUUCCCAGGAAAAGAUGACAUCUGAAACGUUUGAUAUUGAAAAUCCAGCUCAGAUUCCUGAAUCUGAGUUUGGCCUAAAUAUGCCAAAGCCGUCACCUGAAUUUGUUAUGGGUCCUUCAGUUUUGGAUGUUAGUCUUCCAUCACCGGAGGUUACCAUGCAGAAGUUAGAAAAGGAUAUUCAUGGUCCAGAGUGCAGGAAAGAGCACUCUGGUGAGAAGGACACUGAGGAGAAAGAAAGCAAAUUUAAAAUGUCAAAAUUCAAACUACUGUCAUUUAAUUGGUCCCCAAAGAAAGAAGCUGUUGCUCCUUCUGAAGCUGAAGGGCAUCUGGAAGAAUCUGAAGUUGAAGGACCCAAAAUAGAAAUGGAUAUUAGCAUGCCUGCAGGUGAGGUCAUACUUACUGCUUGUGAACAAGAUGACCUGAACCAGAAAUCAGCUGCUGUUGAUAUUCCUUCCUCAGGUACUAAGAUGACAACUGAAGCCUUGCUUGAGGUAAAGAGUCCUGAGGCAAGUGUUGAAAGAAUAUCAAGUGAAAUUGCCAUGAGUAGUGUAGAAAUAAAAGUUGAAGGUCCUGAAGGGAAAACAAAAAUGUCAAAAUUCCAAAUGCCAAAGUUUGGAAUGACAAAUUCUAAAGGGAAAGGAUCAGAAAAGGAGGUCAGCCAAACCAAAUCAGAAGCCAAGGUUCCCCAACUAAAAGCUACGAUAGAAAUAGCUGACAUUGCCGUGGAAGCACCAAAUUUGGAGGUGGAAUGUACUGAAGGAAAAGAAUCUUCCAGCUCUAAAUUGAAAAUAACCAAAGCUGAAAAGAAGGCAUCAGAAGCUGAUACUCACUUCCCAAUGGGUGAGAUUUCUAUCUCAAAAACAGACAGUGAUAUUCAAGAUUCAGAUAUGGUACUAAAAAUUAAAGAGGAAACAAAGCACAGGAAUGAAGACGGAGAAGAGAAAGAAGGACAUUUCAAAAUGCCAAAAUUCAAACUUCCAUCCUUCAGUUGGUCACCAAAGAAGGAAGCAACUGUUAAGGCAGAUUCUGAAGCAAAUUUAGAAGACAAUCAAGUUGCUGUAUCAUCAGGUGGAAUAGACACAGAAGUGGAAGGAACCGUAGCUGAUGAUCAAGGCCCCAGGCCUGCUGUUGAUCUGGAAAUACCUGCUGGAAAAGAUCAACAGAAAAGUCCAAUUAAAAAGCCUCAGUUUGUCAUGCCUAAAAUUUCACUUUCCAAGAUCAAGAUUCCCAAAUCUCAGGGACAUUCAUUAAAAGUUGAAGCUGGAAGUACUGUAACUAAAACAGAAAGAGAUGGAGUUGAUUCAAUACAGAUACCUGAUAUAGAAAGAAGUCAUUCCACACAGACAGAAGAAGGGGCACAAAUAAGCAUAAAAACAGCUGCAGUUAAGAUCCCCACUUUGGAGCUUUCCAAAACAGAAGCCUUCCAAGCUGAUUUGGGAGUCAGCUCAGCCAAGAUCGAUACUGCUCCAACUGUUUCAGAGGAAAGUUUUCAACAGGUUGUCCUAAAAUCGAGUUCUGAUAAAGAUUCUAUUCAAAAAACAGGCAUUGAGUUCCCCAAAGGAGAAACUUCAGCUGAACUGAGAAGCACCAAAAUAGCAACAGAAGGAUCAUUAGUUAUGGAUGGAAGAAAGAUGAAAUUGGAAGGUCACGAUGUACAGAUAAAAAUGCCCAAAUUCCAGAAGCCAAAGUUUGGAAUCUCCCUGACAAAAGGGAAAGGCCCAGAUCCAGAGAUCAGCUCUCCAAAAUUAGAAGCUGAGCUACCUCAGCUAAAAAUGACAGCAGAAGUUGCUGACAUUACUGGGAGAGUGCCAGCAUCAGAAUUUACAUCUGAUAUGGCAGAUCCUGGGCUAGAGGUUUGUGCUUCGAAGGCAAAAACACCCCAAGUUCUGACGGCUGUCAUUGAAGCUCCAAAGGUAGACAUAAGUCCCCAGUCAGAGUCUAAAGCAGUGACAGAGGGACACGCUGAGAGCCUUAAGGAGAAAGAAAUCAAAACAGAAGAAGAAAUGAAAGCUGAAGAAGCUCAGACUGAAGAACAUCAGGGAUGGUUUAAAAUGCCAAAAUUCAGAAUACCUGCAUUUGGCCGCACAUCCUUAAAGGAAAAGAAGGGUGAUACUGAUGUUGAAAGAAGUCUAGAAAAGCCUCAGGCAGGCAUUCCUUCUGCCAAAGUACAAACUGAAGCUGAAAUUACUAUUGGAAAAGAAGAAACUCCAAAAUUAGGAGAUUCUGUGGAGAGUUCUGUUAUUAGCUUGCCACAGGUAGAAGGAGAUAUUUCAUUAUCUGCAGAAAGCAGAGAUAGUAGAGUGAAUAUUCAAAAAACUGAAACUUACGCAGAGAUAGUUAAGCGUGGUGCUGAAGGACAAAAAAUGCACAGUUCAGAAUUUACAGUGUCUUCAGUGGAAUUAUCUAAAAUGGAAAUAAGUGCUUCAAUAAUUGACAGAGAUAACAGUUCACCAAGUAAGUUCCCUAAGGGUAUACUGACUCUUCAAGACCAAAAAGUCAAAUCACAGGACAUAGAUACUCCAAAAGUAGAAAGUUCCACUGAACUAAAGACUUCAAGUGGAGAAUUUAAAACAUUAUCAGGUGAAAUUACUCUGGAGAGAACACAGGAAAAAACAGAUGCAAAUCUUGCAAAGGGAGGAUUAGACCUUCAAAAUCAAGGGGCAGUGAUUAAAACAGUAAAGAUAAGGACAAGUGAGAUGAAAAUUGUAGGAAAAGACAGUGAAUUAAAAUGGUCUACAGGUGAGUGGGCUACUGCAAAGGGAUCAGAAGAUGCUGUUUAUGUUGCAGCUAAGUUGGAAGAUUUAAAGGUAGAUGUUCCAGAAGUGAAAACAGAUGUUGAAAUUGAGAGGGUAGAUCCUGAAAUGGAACGUCAAGUGAAACGUGUUGAAAAGGAUGUGUCUGCAAAUGUGGAGGCGCAAGUAGAAGACAGUGCAGAAGCAAGUAAAAUUAAAACAUACAAAUUUAAGAUUCCAAAGUUUGGAGUAUUACAUUCAGAAGCGAAGGGUUUUGAAGAUGAUAUCAGUUUGCUAAAGUCAGGAGCUGUUUCAGUGUCUAAAACUGAAAUAGGCAGAGUGGAAACGCAGUUACAAAAAUCAGAAGGAUCCAUUGGCCCAACAAGUCCAACUAUAGAUCACAAAGAAUCAUGUGCUAGAAUAACAGUGGAAACAGUGGACAAGUCACAAGGUGGUCCAGAAGUAAAUAUAAAAAUUCCCAAACUAAAAAUACCAAGAUUCACUUUCAGAGUUCUCCCAAGUGAAGCUGAUGUUUCACUGUCAAAAGUGGUAACAGAUCCAAAAGGAACUAGUGCUGACAUUGAAGUGGUGCACUUGCAAGCAAGCUCUACUAUCCCCGAGGAAAUACCAGAGACUCUGGAAGGUGAUAUUCAGAAAGCAAAAAGCAAAAUUCUAACACUUACUGAACCUGACAUUAAAACAGCACAGAUGACUGCUACCAUAGACUCCUGCCUUUCAAAUGCAGGGCAAGACAUUCAUUGGUCAUACGUAGAAGGCCAAGAAGAGAGAGAGAAAGUAGAACCUGAACAUGUUUCUAUUGAAAGGUGUGAAAUUUACUCUACCCAGAUACUGAAGGAAUCAGAGAUUCUCUCAUCAGAAGUUAAAACUGCUACUUUGGGAUUUUCAUUGCUCAAGGCAAAGUUGCCUGAAUCACAUAGCAACUUAGAAGUGCUAGUCCAGCAGAGCCCUUCAAUGGAAAAUGCAUCAUCAGUGAACAAACCUGACCAUUCUGAUGAAAGUUUUGCAGUAAGUGCACAGAGGACUGUCACUGCUGAGCUUAAACUAUGUGACAAACCACACAGUGAGACUGAAGAAUCUAGCGGAAUGAUAGGUUUACCAACAUUAAAAACAUUUGCUGCUGAAGUAAAGCCUUCCAGUAAACCUGAAGAGAGUCAUUCUGACAAGGCACCAGAGAAAAUAGCUGCAGCUCCUCUCUCUAAAGAUGAGGAUAUAGCUGAAGCACAAGAAGAUGAAGAAAAGUAUGUAACUAAUGAAAAAGAAAAGGCUGACAGCAAAAGGUCUCCUGGAAGAUUCAAAUUUUGGCUUCCAAGCAUUGGCUUUUCAUCUUCUGGUGAUGAAACAAGCUCAGAUUCAAAAACAGAAGUAAAAAAAUCAGAAGAAACAAAGCCAGAAGAUAUGAAACCUGCUGACACAUCAGUUAUUGAUUCUUCUAAGCAAACUGAAAAAACUGGAUGGUUUAGAUUUCCCAAACUAGGUUUCACAUCUCCUUCCAAAAAAGCUAAGACUGUUGACAAAGAAGAGACAGGUGUUAAAGAGAGAAGAAUAUCAGAUGAAGAUAGCCCUUCAGAUAAACCUGAUGUAUUUUUUGAUGCACAGGAAAGCUUAUCACCUAAAGAAAUAGCCGAGAGUGAAAAACAAGAAAUUGACGGGACUUCAUCUAAUAUUCCAGUUUCUCAAACUAUCGUUACAUCUUCAGCAAGGACUGAACUAAUCUUGUUGGAGGAAGAAAAAGCUAGUCAACCUAAUAUCCCUGGGGAUGCAACCAAAUGAAGAUUGUCUUCUGCCAACCACCCAGAGAAAAGAGAAUAAUCUAACAGGAGAAAAGUUA